AUGCAGGGAGGGCUACUUGUCGGUUCCAGGACACUUCCUUUUUGCAGCCAUACUCGCUCGCAAAGCCCCGGGCUUCCACGGCAGUCACUCAAUCCUCCUCCGCCACCCAUCAAAAGGCACUCAGCACCUGCAAAUGUCACAAGUCCAAGUGAGACUCAGUGGAACAACACUACUAGAGCUUCCUCGUCAGUGGAAGCACUUCAGACCGAUUUCCAGACCCUGGAGUUUAUCCCAUCACCAUCAUCCCCUGGUCUUGCAUCCGAGUCUGUCACUGCAGAUACAGAUGAUUUGCACGAGCGCAUUAUCACUGCCCUGACAGAUGAAUGCCAGGACAAUUUAGAUAGAGAUAUUCUUGUCCCACAGAGGUUCUCCAACGUUUCUGAGGGCGAUUAUGCUCGUGUAAUGAAUGCCAUGGCAUCAAAAGAUAAGCUCAUUCGGAGACCAGCAUAUUUCCCAGAAUUCAAAAGACUCAUUGCCACCAAACUGCCACCACGCACUCACAGUAGCUUUCUAUCAUCGAUACGAGCGUCUAUCCGACACGCUAUUGAUUCACUGCCCAUCGCGCAUCGAUGGGACCUUCAUUUCCCCAUACAUACAACAACUUUCCUCGAGGGCUUAGGAAUGCCCAGCUUGUUUCUCGAAUUGCAAGGUCCCAAGGGCGAUAGACCAUUAUAUAUCAUAGACAUCGUGUCCUCACAGGAGGAGGAGGAAAUGGCGUCUACAGUACGACAAAUGACGGAGUGUCAGGACGUCGUCCUAGUCAGUAUCAUUGAUAUCCGCGAGUCGACCCCUUACAAACUAUCCGAUGAUUCAUCUGAUGCGGUGAAGGAGCGGCGAGAUCUGCCGACGUUUCGCGAGUGGCGGAGUGGUUCAGAUAAUCUGGCCUCUGGGUCAACUGCCUCCUCUCAUCCAUCAGCGGUAGAUUCUCUGACAAUCACUAUUCAAACAUGGCUCCGUGACACACAGGGAAAGUUUUCUACUGACGUCAAACAAGGUCAAUAUUAUGCUUGUACAAAAAUUGGUCUAAAUACUACCACGAACACCGAACAUCUCGACUCGCUCCUGGAGCAAGGUAUGGGGGCGAUCAGAAACAGCAUUGUCGAUCACGUUGCGCAGCACUGCCAACCCACAGAUGACGACUUCAGUGCUCUCUCCCAAUGGUCGCCCCCGGCUUGCGUCUUCGAUUGGAACCUAGCGAUGAAGUACAUUUGCAAGGCUGCACUUCGGGACGGGUACGAUCGCUACUGUCAGUGGCAUGACGCAAUCAAACGCAGUGUUGAUAAAAUCACGGAGCCGGAAAACCAGGGCGAAUCCAACAAGAGGCCCAAGAGAGCUUAA